UGGCUCGGUAAGCUCCAGCCGGAGGACGAGGGUGUUUUCUUAAAUACCAUCCAUCAUCCCCUGCUCCUCUCCCCGCAGGGUGGAGCGGUGAUCUUCUCCGUCCCCCUCCGGGCCCGUUCGAACCAACGACAUCCGCGACUCCACGAGGUAGCAAGUGAUGGCCGACUUCAAGGACGUGCUGUUGUCACAGCCGCGCUGGGUGGCAUUGACGUCCGCACUCGUCCUGCUUCUGGGCCUGCCCGCAGCGCAAUGGAUCCUAAACACGCUCCGCCCGAGCCACUUUCCCCCGGGACCGCCCAUCACCCCCGGGCUGGGCAACUUGCUGCAGAUGCCGCUGAAGAAGCCAUACCUGCGCUUCCAACAGUGGUCGCGCGAGUUCGGUCCCGAAGGGCCUGACGGCAAGACCGGCAAGAAGGCGGAAAUAAUCGGCCUCAAGCUGGGCACGGCCAACAUGGUCGUGCUCUCGUCGGCGCGCGUCGUGCACGAGCUGCUCGACAAGCGCGGCGACAAGUACUCGGACCGCCUGCCCAUGUGGAUUGUCGACAACCACAUCCUGCACCAGCCAGAGGAGCGCGGCCGCCUGAUCAUGGGUUACACGGAGCCGUUCCGCAAGUGGCGCCGGUCCUUCCAGCACGUCCUGGCCGGCAGCUCAAUCAAGAAACUGCUGCCGCUGCUCGAGGCCGAGGCCGCAGAGCUGUGCUACAAGCUCGCCAUUACGCCGCCACUGGGCUUGGCCAACUCUGAAGACGAAAACAAGGACAGCAAGGACGACAGCAAUAACAUCCUUUUUGAGACUCUCGUCCGCCGGUGGGCUCUCGCGCCCCCGCUGCUCAUGACCUCUGGCCAACGCCUGCGCGACCUGCCAGACAGCUGGCUGGCCGACUUCUACCACGGGCAAGACUCGCUGAUCAACAUGAUCCUCCCCGGCAACACCCCUCCCGUGGACCUGCUCCCUCCCCUGCGCUACAUCCCGGAGUUUCUCGCCUCGUGGAAGACCAAGGCCCGCGAAGCCCGGCGGCUGUUCCUGCGCGACGCAUACGGCCUGCUGGACGCGGGCAAAGCCCACCUCCGCCGCACGGGGACUUCUACCCUGCGCACGUUCGCGGGGAUGGACUGCCUCGUCGCCAAGGCCGUGCGCGAGAGGCAGGACGGGACGAGCGACAAGAAGCCCGAGCACGAGACGGACCAGUUUAUCGCGUUCCAGCACACGGGCUUUCUCGGGGCCGCGGCGGACACGAGCAUCGCCACGCUCAGCACGCUCGUGCUCGUGCUCGCCGCGCUGCCCGAGGUCCGCAGCAAGGCGAGGGAGGAGGUGGAUCGCGUUGUUGCCGGGGUGAACAAGGGGGGCCCGCCUACCGCGGAUAUGCUGGGGGAGUUUGUGUACUUGCGGGCUUGUAUGAGUGAGGUUCUCCGCUGGCGCCCAACCACCCCCGGCGCCCUGCCUCACGUUCUCAACCAGGAAGACUCGUUCGAGGGAUACGUCUUUCCCAAGAACACGACCUUCAUCAUCGACGCGUGGACCAUCGGACACGAUGAGGAAAUGUACGACCGCCCCGACGAGUUCGUGCCGGAGCGGUUCCUGGACAACCCGCUCGGUCUACGCCGCGAGGCCGCCGAGGGGGUCGAGGGGUCGGGUGGCCACCGCCGGCCCGUGUACGCCUUUGGCGCGGGGCGCAGGCAGUGCCCCGGCGAGCAGUUCUCGUACACGUACAUCCCGCUCACCGUGGCCAAGUUGCUGUGGGCUUUUGAUAUCAGUGCUCCCGCAGGUGGGAUCGACCUGAGUAUCGAGACGGGGUUCGUGGACGGGGUGGUGACGAGGCCUGCGAAGACGCCGGUCGUGCUGACGGUGAGGAGUGAGGAGAGGAGGGCGGCCUUGGUGGAGGACUUUGAGAGGACACAGGCGGUCGUGCAGGGGUUGAUGGGAUGAGGCUGGAAUCGACAGUAUAUGAUAAACUGGGGCUUGGUGAAGACCAACGUCACUAGUCGAGGACCGAAGACAAUGCUAAUGAUCAUGAUCGAAA